GGGGGUUAAACGAGAACUUAAGAACCUGGAUUGUUUUAAGAUCCAGAUUUCUGUUUUGAGUAUCUUUUUCCAUCUAAUGCAGUAUCAAAACAAAAAAAAAUCUGCUAAAACAGAUAAUCUCACCAGUUGUCGAGGAGACAUUUUCACAAAGCUGCAAUUGCAGGUUGCUUUGAGUUCAUUUGACCAUGGAGAUUUCCGAUUCAUCUGCAAGGCAGACGCGAAACGGAGACCAUAUUUCAAUUGACAUCAGGCAUGGCGACCAUCUCUUAACUUCUAUCAGAAGAAAAAUGGAGACGAUUUCUUGUUCGCAUUCCAUUUGCAGGGUCAAGGAAAACAUUCGCAAUGCAGAUGAGAUGGCAUACAUCCCUGACAAAGUUUCAAUUGGUCCAUACCACCAUGGCAAGCAAGGAUUGGAAACCAUGGAAGAGCACAAGUGGCGGUACAUGUAUGCACUCCUCAGUCGAAAGCCAGACCUGGAAGCAUCCCUGGAUGAUUGUCUCACAGCUCUAAGGGAGGUGGAACAUAGAGCCCGUGCAUGCUAUGAAGAAGAUAUCAACGUCACAGAUGAUGAAUUCCUGCAAAUGAUGUUAGUUGAUGGUUGUUUCAUCAUUGAACUCUUCCUGAAGUACUCUAUAAAGAGUUUAAGACGCCGCAAUGAUCCUGUAUUCACCACUCCUGGAAUGCUCUUCGAUUUGAGAUCCAAUUUGAUGUUACUAGAAAAUCAAAUUCCCUUAUUCAUUCUUCAAAGACUAUUUGAAGUUGUCCCAACUCCUAAACAAUGUACGCAUUCCCUCGCCACGCUCGCCUUUCGUUUCUUCAAGUAUAUGAUUCCAGGAGAUCCUCAAAUCCAUCAGCAGAAGUUUAACCAGGAAGGGAACCAUAUACUCGACUUAAUCUGCCACUGUCUGCUUCCAACAUACCCAAGAGUGCCGGGAACCAAGUCAGAUCAGAAACAUUUUCGUUGCGCAACAGAACUCCAAGCUGCAGGAAUUAGGAUCAAGAGGGCCAGAACAAAAAACUUAUUGGACAUAAAGUUUGUCAACGGAGUCCUUGAAAUCCCAAAUGUACUAAUCCAUCAAUACACGGGAAGUCUCUUCAAGAAUCUCAUUGCGCUAGAGCAUUGUUCAGGUGACAGUGUGCAACACAUCACCUCCUACGUUUUUCUCAUGAAGAGCCUAAUUGGAAGUGACGAAGAUGUGAAGUUACUUAAAAAGAAAGACAUUCUUACAAACUAUGAUGUCACCGAGAGAAAUGUUGCUGAACUGUUUGAGAAGCCAUGUAAGGAGUUGAAUUUGAAUGAAUCUUACUAUGAUCGGUUGUUUGAACAAGUGAAAGGGCAUAAAAGCACCAGGAUGACUUGGCAUCUACGGUAUGAGGAAAUUAAGCGAAGUUAUCGUAGAAAUCCAUUUCACUCUUGUACAUAGCCAUAAAUUUUACACAGGCAAACUUCAAAAACCCAUUACACGACCGACGAAGAUCCCAACAGAAGAAAGCUUCCAUAUAUCUUGAUUACAAAUAAAUGAGAGAUUUAAAAAACAAGUUAGGUGAGUUUAGUGGAUUUGAGUUUUGAUGCAGGGGGGUACACGGUGAUAAGAACGUUGAAGGAGGACCCAAGACAGGGUGGAUUGGAGUUUCCACUGAGGCUGCUCUCCGACGUUAGUGGCGAUUCUCGCGUGGCGUGGAAAAGACUAGACUCCCGGCCCUCCCCGAGUGAAAGUUGCCACUUGGCCCGAUGAUCUGUUUUUUUUCCGCUUACAGAGCGUGCAACUGUGCACGGUUGUCUCGCACCGGUGAAUUACGGGUGAUAAUUGUAUAUUUGACUAAUUAACCUAGAUUAAUUAAUUUUAAUCUACAUUGAU